AUGACAAAGAACGCAGCUAGAGAUGCCGUUCCUAUUCGCGCAAAGCGUCGUUAUCGUCCUGGUACUAUUGCUCUCCGCGAAAUUCGACGAUGCCAAAGCGGCAACAAACUACUUGUUCGAAAACUGCCCUUUGUGCGACUUUUCUGUCUUUCGAAGCGUACAUCCUUAGAGGUUCCGAGCUGA